AUGAAAAUACUUCUCGAUGAUGGUGGCAGUCCAGUGUCAACUUUAGAAUUCGAAGUUGUCAAUAAACGUGAUGUUGGUAAAAGCAGUUUAUUAGAAUGUUCAACAUCAAUAAUUAAAAAUUUUACAGCUUGUUUAUCGUAUAUUAGAAAAAAUGAAUAUCGUUUAAAACAAAAUAUAUUUACAAAUACUGCAUUUGAUUUAGAAUAUAUUCUUAAAGGAUCAAAUAAUGAACAAGUUGAUGGUGUUAUAUUUGAUUCUGUAUUACUAAUUGAUAUAACACGAUUAGAUUUAUUUACAUGUUGUUCACAAGAUGGACAAGGUUGUGCAAAAUAUUUUGAAGAUAAAAAUUCAAUGCGUGCACUUUAUACUUAG